AUGAGCCGCUGGGAGCCGGACACCCAGCUGCCCUACCAGCGCAUCGACCAGAACCUCUUCACCGUCAAGAAGCUCCUGCAGCGUCCGCUCACUCUCGCCGAGAAAAUCGUCUACGGGCACUUGGAGGACCCGGCAACGAGCGCCGACAUCCAGCGAGGCAAGACGUACCUCAAGCUCAAGCCGGAUCGUGUGGCCAUGCAGGACGCCUCCGCGCAGAUGGCCCUCCUCCAGUUCAUCUCCUCCGGACUCACCUCCACGGCCGUGCCGGCGUCCACCCACUGCGACCACCUGAUCGAGGCAGAGACCGGCGCCGCUCAGGAUCUCGAAUCCGCCAAAGUCACGAACAAGGAAGUGUUCGAAUUCCUUUCCUCGGCGUCCCAGAAGUACGGGAUUGGCUUCUGGAAGCCCGGCAGCGGCAUCAUCCACCAGAUCGUGCUCGAGAACUAUGCUUUCCCCGGCGCGAUGAUGAUCGGUACCGACAGCCACACACCGAACGCUGGCGGUCUCGGAACGAUCGCGAUCGGUGUGGGCGGUGCCGACGCUGUCGAUGUCAUGGCCGGCAUGGCGUGGGAACUGCGCGCGCCGAACGUGCUGGGCGUGAAGCUCACGGGCAAGUUGCGAGGCUGGGCGUCGCCCAAGGACGUCAUCCUCAAGCUGGCCGGCAAGCUGACCGUCCGAGGCGGCACCGGCAGCAUCAUCGAGUACUUCGGUCCGGGCGUCGAGACCCUGUCCUGCACUGGAAUGGCUACGAUCUGUAACAUGGGUGCGGAGGUGGGCGCCACGACGUCGGUCUUCCCGCUGACGGAGUCGAUGCUGUCCUAUCUGGCCGCGACCGGUCGCAAGGACAUUGCCGACACCAUCACGGCGGCCAAGGAGAUCCGCGGCCACCUGCGCGCCGACGAGGGCUGCCACUACGACGAGGUGAUCGAGAUCAACCUCGACGAGCUCGAGCCCUACAUCAACGGACCCUUCACGCCCGAUCUGGCCACCCCGCUGUCCCAGUUCGCCGCUGCCGUCAAGAAGAACCAAUGGCCCGAGAAAAUCUCCGCGGGCUUGAUCGGGAGCUGUACCAACUCGUCCUACGAGGACAUGUCCCGCGCCGCCGCCAUCGCGCGUCAGGCCAGCGAGAAGGGCACCAAGGCGCAGAGCGUCUUCACCGUCACGCCCGGGUCGGAACAGAUCCGAGCCACUAUCGAGCGCGACGGCCAGAUGCAGGCGCUGCGUGACAUUGGAGGCUUGGUGUUGGCGAACGCGUGCGGCCCGUGCAUCGGCCAGUGGAAGCGCAGUGACGCCAAGGGCGAGAAGAACAGCAUCCUCACCUCGUUCAACCGCAACUUCUCCGCGCGCAACGACGGCAACCCGAACACCCACAACUUCCUGGCCUCGCCCGAGCUGGUGACCGCCAUGUCGCUCGCCGGCAGCCUCACCUUCAACCCGACCACCGACUACCUCACCGACGCGCAGGGCAACAAGUACAAACUCGAGAGCCCCGACGCCGCGGCAACGGCCACGCUUCCCGCUGCUGGAUUCGAUGCGGGCCGUAGCCAGGACACUUACCUGGCCCCGCCGCCGGCCGACCAGCGGGCGUCCCUCGAGGUCGCCGUCUCGCCCACCAGCGACCGCCUUCAACUCCUCGAACCGUUUGCCCCCUGGCCGAAGGGUGAGAAGGACAUUCGCGACGCUGCGGUGUUGAUCAAGGUUCAGGGCAAGUGCACGACCGACCACAUCUCCGCUGCCGGGCCGUGGCUCAAGUACAAGGGCCACCUGGAGAACAUCGCCAACAACACGCUGAUCGGCGCCGUCAACGCCGACACCGGCAAGGUCAACGCCGUGGUCAGCCAGCUGACCGGCAAGGAGGGCACCGUUCCCGAUGUGGCGCGCGAGUACCAGAAGGCGGGCUUGCCGUGGGUGGUGGUCGCGGGCAAGAACUACGGCGAGGGCAGCGCGAGGGAGCACGCCGCCCUGCAGCCCCGCUACCUCGGCGGACAGGCCAUCAUCUGCCAGGCACGCGACCCCCGCCGCCGCCAGCUGUGUUGCCGCCUGCGUUUGCUUGACGCUCACCUUCACUUCGUUCUUCGCUCUUCGCGCUUGCAGAGCUUUGCGCGCAUCCAUGAGACCAACCUCAAGAAGCAGGGAAUCCUGCCGCUCACCUUCGCCGACCCCGCCGACUACGACAAGAUCACCGGAGGCGACAAGAUCACGAUUGAGGGUGUGGGCGAGAUUGAGGAGGGCAAGCCGCUUCGGGCCAAGGUGACGCGACGAGCCGCCGCCGGUGGCGGACAGGAGGAGAGCUUCGGGGUGACUCUCCAGCACACGCUCAACCCGGGCCAGAUCGCCUGGUUCAAGGCCGGCUCGGCGCUCAACCUCAUCGCCGCCACGAGCAGCAACCAGCAACAGCACGCCUGA